AUGUCAGGAAAAGACCAAACCGAGCGACAGGCACUCAUAGGUACUUAACCUGCAUUCACUCCUUUUCAAGACAAGAAUGAUACUAACUCAAAUACGAGGCCGGAUUAAGCGGCUAAGUGCAACCUUAAACCUAUUGGGCUUAGCAGUGAAAGAAUCGACUUCAAUUCUCGAAUCUGUCCAAGAAACGCUAGAGGACGGCGGCAAUAUCAAGAAUGGACCUCCUCUCAUUUCGCCUCAAACAUCACAGAAUGAGGUGGACGCAUGUUAUGAUAUUUUGAAUACGUUGACUGCAUUGAUAAAUGGAGAGGAUGGUUUGACUGCUCGUCUUAAGAGGCUUGAUGAUAUGGUUAAACCACGCACAAAAGCCAGUUGA